AUGCUACUUCUAGUUUGCAUCCUUUGCUUAAUUUUUUUUCCAUUUAUAAUUACAUUUCCACAAAUUAAUCUUGAUUUAACUGAUUCAAUCAAUGAGGACGGAAAUAUUUCUGCUUUACAACAUCAUUGUCUUCAUGUUGCUAUUUGGAAUGAACUAGGAAUUGACCCUUAUCAAAUAAUUUCUUUUUGUAUGAACGAAUAUUCAUCAAAAUGGGAUCUAAAAGAAAAUAAUAUUGAUCGAAAAUUUACUUUUGCUGACCUUUAUCAAUUGAAUAUUACUAUUGAACAAUUAUAUCUUUGGUCAGCACCAUUGGAUGUAAUUGAACGUUAUUAUUCAUAUACGAAACAACGUGUAACUACAAAUCAAACAUCAUUUUUCACGAAAGAACAAUAUUUUUAUAAUUGUACGUCUCCUAGAUUCGGUCCAUAUUGUCAAUAUUCAUUUGAUCUUUAUAAUGAUGCUUAUUUAACAUUAAAUGAGAUUAUGCAUGAUUAUUAUCAACAGCCAUAUGAACCAUCUUCAUUGACAUGUUAUACUCAUUUGCAAUGUAAUCGUUUUUCAACGUUAGCUUGUCUUGAUUGGACUGAAAUAUGUGAUGGAAUUAUUGAUUGCGAAAAUGGUACUGAUGAAGAAUCUUGCUGGCAAUUAGAAAUAAAUAAAUGUAAAGAUAAUGAAUUUCGCUGUGAUAAUGGUCAGUGUAUCGAUAAGUUAUUUUUACAUGAUAAUAUUAAUCCUCACUUUGAAUGUCUCGAUCAAUCAGAUGAAAAAGAAGAUUUACGAUCUUCUCAUCAAUUCAUAACUGAACCUAUAUUUGCCAUUGAAGACAUUAUUUGUCCGCGUAAUCCUCCUUUAGAAAUGAAAUUUACUAGUUCAUGUUUACUAUCACGUGAAACUUUACUAAGACAAACAUUAUUUUCCACUAAACCAAAUAAUUUAUCAGACGAUUGUUGGGACGCAUUAUUCUGCCUGUUACGAUUGCCAGAUCCAUGGAAUCCGACAUGUCGUGCCCUUUGUUCUGAAAUACCGUGUGAAGACAUAAUCAAUAUGACAUGUCCAAGUAUGAUACAUGUACCAGCGAAACCGAUUGCCUUUGGUCAUAUCUAUGUUGUUUACGAUAAAGAGCAAACUAUUAAGCAGCAACGUGGCAUCAUCUCACCACACUAUAUUUGUUAUGACGAUCGGUUGUGCAACGGAUUCCUCUCCAACAAAUCAUUAUUUUCUUACAACGGUAAAACAUGUCGCCGACCAGAAGAUUUUCCUUUGAACUAUUCUUCAUCUGGCCCUGGACGAGAUAGUUGGUUAAAUGCUUUUAUUUUACCAAUUAUCAGGCAACUAAGUCAAUGCAAUACUAUAUUAUACAAUGAUCCAACAAUUUGUAACGAACAAGAUUUCUAUCAAUGUUGGAACUCAUCUAAAUGUAUUGCAAAGCAUCGAUUAUGUGAUAAGAGAACGGACUGUGAUUAUGGGGAUGAUGAAAAAUGUAGUAUAAUCAAUAAUUCUAAUUCGAUAUAUAGUACAAAUAUGCUAUCAGUGAGGCAUCAUAUUUCAUUUCCUACUAUAUGUGAUGGUUUCACAGAACUAUUACCCAUUCUGAUCGAUGGACGUAAUGACACAGACGAAACAGAAUGUGAAUAUUGGCCAUGUAAUAAUUCAUAUACACGUUGUGAUGGUUUUUGGAAUUGUUUGAAUGGAGCAGAUGAAGUCGAUUGUAAUGUACCAUCAUUAUUGAAUUGUUCAUUACAUCAUCACAUAUGUGUUUCAUCAAAGACAAAUCGAUUUAUGUGUUUACCAUUAAAAAAAGCUCAUGAUGGUCAUGUUGAUUGCUUAGGUGGUACAGAUGAGCCAAGCAAGUGUCGAGCAACUGAUCAUCAACUUACAAAGAAAAAUUUUCAUUGUCUCACAGAUCAAAAUGAAACUUGUAUUAUUUCUACAGCGCUAUGUUAUUUUUAUCAAUGUAACGAUGGAGCUGAUCGACAACUUUGUGACAAUGGCCGAAAUCUUACACAAUUUACUACUAUUUGUAACAAAGAGUAUGAUCAUAUUCGUACAAAUGUCGAAGACUUCUUUUGUAAACGUCCAGUUGACACAAAAAAACCAGCAACUGUAUAUUUUUCGUUGGAAAAAGAAAACAAAUUAACUAAAGAUUCAACAACAUCGUUGAUCAAUCAUACAUGGAAUAUUUCCCGAUAUAUUCAUUUUAAUUCCCAACAUUGUCAUCGUGGUCUAUCUUUAACCGUUUGGUUAGAUCAUCAACAUAAUAUAACAACUAAAACUUGUCUUUGUCCGCCUAGUUUCUAUGGAAAUAAAUGUCAAUAUCAAAAUCAACGUGUUAGUCUUACAUUAAAAUUUCAUACGUAUUCCGAUUCACGACGUACAACGUUUCUUGUCAAUGUUUUACUCAUGGAAGAUAGUCAAGAACGAUUGAUUCAUUCGCAUCAACAAUUUAGUUAUCUAUACGUACGAGAUUGUAAAACGAAAUUCAAUAUGUAUUUGUUAUAUUUAUCACGACAAAAAGAUCCAAACAAAGCCUAUUUUAUACAUAUCGAUCUUUAUGAAAAGAUUUCACAUACAUAUCGAGGUAGUUUUAUGAUACCAUUGAAAUUUUCUUUUCUACCUGUACAUCGUCUAGCAGUACAACUUAAUAUUCCGCGUACAUAUGAUGAUAUAGAAACUUGUUCAAUUCUUCGGUGCGUUCAUGGGCGAUGUAUCAAAUACGCUGAUUCAUCUAAUGGUAACAGUUUCUGUCUUUGUGAUCGUGGAUGGUCUGGUCGUUAUUGUACGAUUUCAUAUCAUUGCACAUGUUCACCUGACUCAUUAUGUAUUGGUAUCUUGCCAAAUAAUCAAUCAUUAUGUAUUUGUCCACAUAAUAGAUGGGGCUCAAAAUGUAAUUUUCCUGCUACAAUGUGCCGUAUUGAACAGAAUAAUACAUGUCAAAAUGGUGGUCAAUGUAUAUCAACUGAUCAACAUGUAAUAUCGAAGCAAACAAUCAAAUGUAUUUGUCCCAGAGGUUUUACUGGAGACCGAUGUGAAAUCUUAGAUAACAGAAUUAUUAUCACAUUCGAUAAAAAAAUACGUUUACCAGACAAAAUUCUUAUUCAUUUUGUUCAAAUAUUUGAUAAUCGUUUACCGGAGUACGGCAAUACUUUUAAAACAAUACCUCUCUAUCAAAAUAAUAUUACAAUCCAUUGGUCACGUCCGUUUCAUUUGAUUUUUCUUAAAGUUUUUCAUGAUUACUAUCUACUUCUCGCACAAAAAGUCUACGAAAAAUCAACAACCAAUCACCAAAUUCUUCGAACAACAGAUCGUUGUCCACAUAUAAAUGAAUUAUUAAAUGAAACAAUCACUCAUUAUCAUUUAAUUCGUCGUAUUAAAUAUUAUCAUAUACCAUGUCAAACUUCUUCACAUCAAUAUUCUUGUUUCUAUGAUGAGAAUCACUUUUGUUUAUGUCAAAAUUAUGGAAAAACCCGUCUUGCAAAUUGUUUCGAAUUUAAUUCAUCAAAAAAAUUUGAUUGUUCUGGUCAAAGUAAUUGUGAAAAUGGAGCAGAAUGUUUACAAGACAGUAUCACUUGUCCACAAACAUCGAUCUGUGUUUGUCCAACAUGUUUUUAUGGAACACGAUGUCAGUUUAAUUCGGGUGAAUUUGGUCUUUCACUUGAUGCUAUUUUAGGUUAUCAUAUUCAACCAAGUUUAAAUAUAGAUUCUCAACCAUUUAUUGUUCAAUUUAGUUUAAUAUUAACGAUGAUUAUGAUGAUUAUUGGAUUAAUCAAUGGUAUUUUAUCUUUGCUGACAUUUAGUACAAAAGAAAUGCAUCAAAUUGGUUGCGGAAUUUAUUUGAAAAGUUCAUCAAUUUCGACGAUGUUAACAGCAAUUUUAUUUACAUUAAAAUUUUGGAUACUUUUUCUUACGCAAAUAAGAAAUGGAAAUCAUCGAAUUUUUUUAAAAUUUCAAUGUAUUACAAUGGAUUUUUUCUUGCAAAUCUCUUUGAAUAUCAAUCAAUGGUUAAAUGCUUGUGUAGCUAUUGAACGAGCACUAAUGGCAAUUAAUGGAACAUCAUUUAAUAAAAAGAAAAGUAAACAAAUAGCAAAAUUUCUUACGACAUUUGUGAUUUUCUCGAAUAUAAUUACAACUAUUCAUGAUCCGAUUUAUCGUCAACUGAUUGAUGAUGAUGAUGAUGAUAAUGACGAAACGAAGAAACGAAUUUGGUGUACCGUUCUUUAUCCAUCUUCGGUGCAAAAAUUUAAUACAACUAUGAAUUUAUUUCAUUUUUUAGUGCCAUUUCUUAUUAAUGCGAUGUCUGCUUCAAUCAUUGUGAUCGUGAUAGCCCGUCAGAAAAAAGCUUUUAAUACAAAAGAAAGCUAUUAUGAACAAUUGAAAAAAGAAUUUCUACAACAUCGUCAUUUGAUUAUUACAGCAAUCAUUUUAGUUAUAUUAGCGAUACCACGAUUAAUUUUUUCUUUUGUUUUUGGCUGCAUGAAAUCUAUCAGUGAACCAUGGCUAUUUUUAAUCGGAUACUUUAUCUCUUUCAUACCAUCUAUGUUAACAUUUGUAGUAUUUGUUCUGCCAUCUACAACUUAUAAACAAUAUUUCAAGAAGAUAUGUGAUCGAUAUAAAAGCGACAUACAGAGACGAUUACGUUGCCAAAAUUAA